AUGGAACUUUCCAUGAAUGUUUUCUCUAAGAUAUGGGUACGAGUGUGUGUCCUCCCCGUCCUCCACCCUUCAUGUGUGUUUCCCUGCCUCCCAUCCACCAGCACCAGGUUAGCCAGCUCUCUGGGUAACCUGUACGAACCAAAUGGUGAAGCCAACAGCUCUGGGAAACCGCCUUCCCCUUCUUCAUUCACUUCCCACCCUGUCCGCAUGGGUUACAGCAGCCCGAUCGCCACCCACAGUUACCACUAUGAGGUCAACAACAAUCAGUAUAACAGCAUCAGCACCCCAAACAGCAACGGGGUAAGCCCGAGCAGCGGGGCAAAAAGCCUGACCUACAACCUCAACAAAACCAGCCCAAGUGGACCUUCCAGCAAUGGAAGGCUGGGGGCCAGUGAACAGGGGCACCACAGAAGCCCCCCGACGGGGCUGAGCGGGCUCUCGGCACGAUACCUCAGCCGGUCCAUUCCUUCCCUUCAGUCUGAGUAUGUUCAGUACUAAAGCCGCGACCUUCCGCUAACCCCCGUCCUGUGCUGCUGGCCUGGUCCCGACCCGGUAACUGUGACCACUUAUUUGCUGACUUCUUGUCGUAAAAGGGGAACGAAGCCGAAAGGAAAUGUUUUGAGACUGAACUGUCAAGCCUCAUGGUCUGAUACGUCCUGCUAUGACAGGGCUGAUCUGGAAUCUGCUGCAUGCUGUUAAACGACACGAACUUGCCUUGGUCGUCCUUUCAAAACGUCUUUUCUUGUUUUUUUUUGUUGUUUUCUUUUAAGAGAAGAUCUCCAUUAUGAAUAUACAUAGUUAAAUAUUUUUAGAUAAUGAAUUUUGUACUAUUUUUGUCCUAUUUUAUCUACAGUUCUUAUGCUCGACGACAAGGUUUGUUAAUAUUUGUGUAUCUUUCGAUUAGGGAAUUUGUUCUGACGUAAAUAUCACGUUUUUGUCUCCUGAGUGUAUUUACUGAGUAACAUAUCAAGUACGAGGGCUAUAUUUGAAAGGUGCAAAAUGGUUCGACAGCUACGUGUCAUCUUCAAAGGGAUUUUCGGCCCACGAAAGCCAUAAAGAGUAUAUGUUUUCUUCAUUUGGGGGUCUAAGGGGGGUUUGUCUCUACGCAACGGGGGACGGCUAAUGAGACUACAAUCAAUUUGUAAGCAAAAUUAUUUUUCUCGUGAAAUUGAAGGGCUUUGUUUGUUCAGUAUGAGUAACAGGAUGGACUUUUUCCCCUGCCAUUGUGACAUCAUAAUGUGCGUUAUUAUUAAACUAAUACAGAUCUGAGGUUGCAGGUGUUUCAAGAGCAUCAAGGGCUGUUGAAAACACAACCAUCGACACUUCACUUUUCAGGAGUGUCCAUUUCACCAGCAGUCUGAAAUAUAACAUCUCCGAAUGUACAAGUGAGUUACAAGCUUUUGGCUGUUGGUUUUAACAUGCAUGGUUUUUGCAUAAAAUAGCUCAAACUGCUUAAAAUAUACAUUAACGAUAACGAAUAUAAAUGUAAUUAAUCGCAAACUCUAGUAAAAUAGAAGAGUGUGUAGACGAUGAUAUGCAUAACAAAACCUUUUAUGUUAGUGCACAUAAUGAAUGUACAAACUAAUCUGAAUGGGUUGUUCCAGUGGUUGUCUCUCAAAUUCAGUUAUUUUAGGAUGUUUACAAUCAAGCGCAAAUAAUUUAUCGUACAGUGUUCUUAAAGGUGACCAGCAGGAUAUAAACUAAAACCUUUGGAUUAUUUACUUCAUGCAAAAAUGACAAUACAUUCAGCCUCAAGUCAUUCCGUACUUGACCUUAUUUCUUCCCUGAAUUAUAAAAUAAGAUUUUGCGCGAUUCACAGAGCUCUUUUUAAUGACUGGGAUUGUUGAGGUUGAUGAUGAAAGCACCAUAAAAGUACCGCAAGUUGUCAAUUCUGUGGUAAAUAAAAUAUCUUUGCGCAAUUAUACAGGUUAAAAAAACAAUAAUAAUUUGCACAAAAAUAAUUUAAAUUUCUCAAAUUUAAUUAAAAUCAAAAAUUGCUUGUCAAAACGUGUUGCUCCAGAUUUGACGUCAGUGUCGAGAUGUGCAAGAAAAAAUAAGUUUACGAUCAUGAUGUCAAAUCUGGCGCAAAAUGUCAUAAAAAAACAAUUGAAUGUAUUUAAAUGAAAUCGUAGAGUUACAGUAGAAAGGAAGCAUUCUGCAAAUUGCAAUGUACAUUUCAUUUUGUUCAUCACACA